CUGUGCGCCCAUCGUGUGAGUGUGUACUCGUGUAUCGCAUCGCUAAAAGCUUCCGAAAUUCGGAGAGGACGAAUAAAGCACUGUUAUAGUAUUUUAUGUGUAGAUUUUUGUGUGCACGCUUUCUCUCGAAACAGGCAAUGACUUUUUGCACGAGGCUGUCGACUCCGGCCGCGACUGACAGUCGAAUGGAUGACCGGUUACCUUUUUAUUUGGCGCAUUAACUGCAAGAGCGCCACGGAUAUACCUAAUGCACGCAUAAUGUAUACUGGAACGGCGGUGUUUACACUUGGUAACAUUUAUGCACACACGCAAACCCACGGGUGAUUUUGAUAUUGGCGCUUUCUUCUUCGAACGAAAAUGGCGCUUCCCACCCCAUACUCUUUAAGAGUGGACAUCUUGGACAUCGUUUUCGCGGACGAUGACGAGGAGGAUUUCAGACCGGGUGAUGUCAUGCAAGGAUACGUCCGGGUUGUGUUGCAGCAUAAGAAAAGCUUUUCGGAUAUUGACAUCAAGAUCAAAGGGAAAUCGGUAACCCACUGGACCAAAGAUGACAAGUCCUUUUCUUCGACGGAAUACUUCUUCAAAGAUAGUUGGAUAUUAUACGGUGAAGUCCAGGGAGAGAAAAGUCCAAAGACCCUAUCGCCGGGUGAACACAGAUUUCCUUUCCAGUAUCGACUGCCAGACGCUCCUCUACCUCCCGUCAUCCGGAAACAGUCGGGUGAGGUCAGCUAUAACGUCCGGGUCAAGAUUCAUCGGUUGAAUGAUAAACCCGCUCACAAGGUCAAACGUCAAUUCAACAUCAGAAGAGAUCUAGACCUGAACGUCGUGGAGAAUAUCAUGGACCCAGUGAUGAAGGAAAGCACACAAAGUCUGACGUCAUGUUGUUGCCAUGUCGGGCAAGUCACAGUCAUGGUAGGCAUUGACAAGGGAGGCUACGCGACUGGGGAGCCUAUCAUCCUGUCAGGACAGGUGGAAGAUGAAGAUGAAAGUACAGAUCGCUAUGACAUCCAUGCAGCCCUCGUUCAGGUUACGACGUUCAAAUCUAAAGAAGGUACUCUAACCACCCGUGACGUCAUGAUUACGUCAGUCAUGUCAGGUCACGUGUCAUGUGAGCCUCGACGCCUUUCAAACCAAGCCAUCUUCUUGCCCCGAGAUUUGACACCAUGUGCCUUCCAAGGAUGUUCAAAUAUUGCUCUUGAUUAUGAGCUCGAGAUCAAAGCCUACCUUGGUGGCAGCAAGCCGGUAGCUACUCUUAUCUUCCCCAUCAUCAUCGGCACCAUUCCCGCACAUCGAGCACUCCAGAGACAACCACCACCCCCGCCAUUCUCCAUGAGACAACUUCCUAUGGCAUACCAACCAAGACCUACAGAUAUAGAAGGACAGUCCGCCUCAUCUAAUGGUCUACCACCAAGCUAUGAGACUGUGAUGAAAGAAAAACAACUAAGACCUACAUCACCGUCAGAAGAUGAGAAAGACAGACUAUCAGUCGUUUCAGGUAGCACGCCCUCUUCGCCGUUGGUUCAAGGAGAUAUGAAACAUUAUGGCGUAUUCUAGUAUUUAUUUCCUUUUUUAAUCAAUUUCUUACGAAUUAACAAAAGAGAGACGAUUCCCGCACAGCUUUGUGAAGGUUACACGGUGAAUGACCAGUCUCCUUAAGAGAAUUUUAAUACAACAUUGAAAUCGAUAUGAAUUUUGAGUUUUAUUGAUCGGAAGAGAUAUUGUUGUGCAAUAUGCAUCGUUUGAAAAUUUUUUGAACUUCUCUACAACAUCUGUACAAAAAGUGAGGAGUAUGGCGACUUGAGAUGUAGCUUUCACACACCUUGUGUAAUUUCGUUUGAUUUUUUUUUCGUCAGUGACGAAAAAGGAAUAUUAACAAGUACAUUUAACCUGCGUGUGUACAUCGAACGAAAUGCAUUCGUUAUGACUUUAGAUCGGAUUUUUCCGCUUCAUUUCCAGCGCAAUAGAAUUACAAAUGGAAAGAGGAAUAUGAGACUAUAUUUUUCUACAUUUUAUUUGUGUCAAAGCAGCUCCUCCUGGAAGCUUCUAUAUGAUUCUCCUCUAUUGUUUGCUAUUGACAAAAACAUACGCCGUGGAAAGAUGCUGAAGGGAUUACAGCGAAGAUGCACUGGAAAAUUCAGUAUUCUGUUGCCUAGCAACAAUCCUUAAACGUGAACAUGACUGUGAGUGAAGACAUCGAAUACAAUGCCUUCCCAAUUGCAACAUGACUCCUUCAGAACACCUUCGCCAGAAAUUUAUAUCAUUGCCGAAAAAUGCCAGAUGGAGUGCAACACCAAAAGAAAGUAUCAUCAAAUACAAAGAGGUUUAAAUUCUGUUGUGGCGGAUAUUUUACCCGAAUAUAAUAAGAAAUCACAAGUACUUGUUGAUAAUGAUGAUAGUCAAUAUUAUACAGAUUUUGCCUAUUUAGAUUUUGAAUAUAACAUUUCCUCUCCCCGACGGAGUUAUAUUUUUCCCCAAGGGAUUAUAUUUAGCCCGAAGCG